AUGAUUGACCACAUUCACACUGUUUCGAAACUCAUCGAGGUAUCACGAGAGUACAACAUGCCGCUCUGUCUCACCUUCAUCGACUUAAAGAAGACCUUCGACUCAGUUGAGACGGAAGCGAUCGUGGAAGCCUUGGACAAUCAAGGCGUUCCUACUCAGUACAUAAAGGUACUUCGAGAGCUGUACAGUAACUUCACGACCGGAAUUCCGCCAUUCUACAAGAACAUCAUCAUUGACGUGAAGAGGGGGGUCCGACAGGGUGAUACAAUCUCACCCAAAAUAUUCACAGCCACCCUCGAGAACGCAAUGCGAAAGUUGGAAUGGGACGACAUGGGAGUGAAGGUCGAUAGUCGACAGCUACACCAUUUGCGCUUUGCUGAUGACAUCGUACUGAUAACAUCUAGCAUCAGCCAAGCGGAACGAAUACUGACCGAAUUCGACGAAACAUGUGGAUGCAUCGGUCUUCAGCUGAAUCUACAAAAGAUGAUGUUCAUGCGGAACGGAUGGGUCUCGGAUGCCCCAUUCACGCUCAACGGAACGAACAUAUCCGAAUGCACCAGCUACGUUUAUGUGGGUCGGGAACUAAACAUGAUGAACGACCUGACCCCCGAGCUGGGCAGGAGGAGACGAGCGGCUUGGGGAGCGUUCAAGAGCAUCGAGGAUGUAGUGAAGAAGACCAGGAACACCAGGCUCCGUGCUCACCUCUUCAACACCACCGUACUUCCUGCUUUGACCUAUGCUUCGGAAACCUGGGCAUUUCGCAAGCAGGAAGAAAACGUAGUGAGCGUCAUUGAACGCGCAAUUGAGAGUGAUGCUAGGAGUAUCCCGUUUCACGCAAGCGAGGGACGGGAUUCGAAGUUCUCCCCUACGUCAAUGAUCGAAGAUUAG